CUCAACUCCGGCACAUUGUUGGCAAACGUCAGUUGUGUAUCACGCGGUUCCAGCUGCAAAUAGAGCGGGAAAACUGAAACGCGAUAUAAAUCAGUUCAGUUUUGCUUUACGUAUAGUGCUUUAUGCAAAGGGUUUCAGUACACUUUUAUUGAAGAUGUGAUUUAAUAAAAGCUUCAAAGCUCUGAGCGAGUGUUUGCGAUUAACUUUAAAGAUAUGUGGUACUUAGUAUGUUUAACGUUCUCCAUCGCCUUGGCUGAGUCUUACGACAAGCGAGUUUACGACAUCACCGGACUGCAGGUUCACAGCGUUGUCAUAAAGGCCGGCGAGAACAAGUCCAUAUCAUGUCCGGGGGUCAACGAGCAUUCCCUGGUACUAGCCCUCGAGUGGCUUUCGGUGACCAAUAGACAGAAACUGGUUGAGUUCACCAGCGACAUCACCACCGUCUGGGUCAAACAGAACAAGCAGAAUCGUAUUUCCCUCCUCCCGGACACCUUUGGUCUUAACUUUCAUCCUGCAGCAGCAGAAGACAGCGGCGACUACAUUUGUCUUGUCAACAGUCGACCAAAACCGGACGCAGUUGUUCGACUCAUCGUUCAAGAUGUACCCGAUCCACCCGGAAGGCCUCUCAUCAUCAGCUUUACAUCGAGAUCCGUAAAUUUGUCGUGGGCUUCAUCUCAAGAUACCCAUCACAGUUCAGUCACACACUAUAUUAUUCACACAAGGGUCGGCGAAGACGGCGAAUGGAACGACGAAGGGAUACUGACGCCCGACAGCAAAAGCAACUUCAACGUCACCGGACUUCAUCCUUACACCGUCUACAGCUUCCGCGUGUCCGCUGUCAACGCAAUGGGAAGCAGUAACCCAAGCAAGGAGUCCUAUUUUAUGGUGACUCUGCGUGAAGCGCCAACAGGUAAACCAACUAUUACCACAGCUCACAAUACAUCUUCCACGUCUCUACACAUCAGUUGGAGGCCGCCACACCGUGACACCAUCCACGGCGAAUUUCUAGGCUACCGUAUCUCUUAUCGACCACGAGAUAGAAGCCCGGACACCAGCAAGGAAAUCUACAUUAGGGAUCCCGCCGUCGAGAGCCAUACCAUACAGAAUCUGGAGACCUACACCCAGUACCUCGUCACACUCGAGGUGUUUAAUCCAGAAGGACUGGGCCCCAGCACGACAGUCCUGGUAAUGACUGAUGAAGGAGUACCUAGUAAACCAUUAAAUGUGAGUGUCGUCGAUGUAACUGCAAAUUCAAUUUCAUUACGUUGGAAGGAACCAGAUCAUACAAAUGGGGCUAUUCAAGGAUACAGGGUGUACUUCAUGAAUGGAAAUUUAACCGAUGUACAGUACUUUCAUUUUAGUGGAGAAAAGAAUGUUCGAUAUAACCUCACUAAACUCAAUAAGUAUAUCAGAUACAAACUGACCAAGCUCAAACCCGAUAGCGACUACAUUAUUUGGGUGAAGGCGUUUACUUCAAAGAAUGAAGGAGAAAAAUCUGACGAUGUUUUCAAUAAAACUGAUAUUGAUGGUCCGGAUGCACCUCGUAUAUUGAAUUUGACGUGUCAAACUCAAGACACUAUCUACGUCCAGUGGCAAAGACCAAUUAGAUAUUAUCAUUCAAUAGACUCUUAUAGAAUCUAUCUUAGUGGAGAAUAUCUAGAAGAUACAACUAUUGACCUUCAAUCUUCUACAGAACAUUUAGAUAGUUCUUAUUCAAUUAAGAACGUAUCAACAAAUUCAAAUUAUGAAGUACGCUUGGCUGCAUCAUCUCGAAGUUUGUAUACCGGAAAAUUGGUAUAUGGAUUGAUUUCUGAUCCGGUUAGAGUUCAUAUGCAGGUUGAUUGUGAUAAAAAACAACUUUAUAUGAGACACACAACCCACGAAUUAUCUGCUGGGAUGAUCGCUGGCGUUGCUUGCGCUGCAAUGGCUUUUGUUUUAGCUGUUAUGGCAUUCGUAUUAUGGAGGAAAUUCUUUAGUGCUCCGUAUUAUUAUCUCGAUAAUCCACCUUGUGCGGUGCCAACUUCAUCAUUAGAUUGGAAUGUUCCUCCUGAAGAAAAUGGGGAAUACAAAGGACCAAUUCCGGUUAAUAUGUUUUGCAAGCACGUCGCUCAAUUGCAUGCAGAUGGUGAUAUUGGAUUUAGUAAGGAAUAUGAAAUCAUUCAAGGAAUAGCCACACAAGAUGAGCAUUCAUCCGAAAUAUCUCAACAUCCCGAUAAUCGUGUUAAAAAUCGAUAUUUAAAUAUUACAGCUUAUGAUCAUAGCAUAGUACAGUUGUUAUCUAUGCCUGGUCAGAAAAAGAACAUUGAGUAUAUUAACGCAAAUUAUAUUGAUGGAUUUUCUAUAUCGAAGGCGUACAUUGGAACCCAAGGUCCGUUACCUUCAACAUUUGACUGUUUUUGGCGUAUGGUUUGGGAGCAAAGAGUUACGAUAAUUGUAAUGAUAACGAAUCUCGUGGAGCGUGGUAGGCGAAAGUGUGAUAUGUACUGGCCGAAAGAAGGUGUGGAAACUUACGGUGUUAUACAAGUGAGACUAGUCAAAGAGGAUGUUAUGGCCACUUAUACAGUUCGUACACUACAAAUCCGACAUCUCAGAGUAAGUACUAUUAAAAAGAAAAAGGCCGCUUUAGCUGAAAAAUUGGUUUAUCAAUAUCAUUACACUAAUUGGCCCGAUCAUGGAACCCCCGACCAUCCGCUACCUGUAUUACAUUUCGUUAAAAAAUCGUCUGCUGCAAAUCCCACCGAUGGGGGGCCUAUUAUAGUUCAUUGCAGUGCUGGUGUUGGCCGCACUGGGACUUACAUUGUAGUUGAUGCAAUGUUAAAACAAAUCCGUACAAGAAAUGAAGUAAAUAUAUUCGGAUUUUUACGCCACAUCCGUAAACAACGCAACUUUUUGGUGCAAACAGAAGAGCAGUACAUUUUUAUACAUGAUGCUCUUCUUGAGGCGAUCGAAUCUGGUGAAACUAAUAUAAGCAGGGAACAAUUUCCCAAAUACGUUCAAGCGAUCCAAGGUGUCAAAGUCGAUAAAUCAAACUUGUGGAAAAGUAUAGAAUCUCAAUUCAAAUUAGUCACAAGUUUUCAAUGUAAAGAAUUUAAUUUAGUAUCAGCUUCAAAAGUUAUGAAUCAGCCAAAGAAUAGACGGAUGGAUAUCGUGCCAGUUGAAAGUUCCAGGGUUCAUUUAACCCCAAAACCCGGCGAAGAAGGUUCGGAUUACGUUAACGGCACUUGGUUACAAGGUUUCCACAGUUUACGCGAAUUUAUUAUCACCCAACAUCCACUACGGUCGACGAUUAAAGAUUUUUGGCAAAUGGUUUGGGACCAUAACGCUCAAACUAUCGUUAUGCUUAGCAUAAUUGAUAACCAAGAGUUUGAGGUAUUUUGGCCGGUCGAACAAGAAUUUAUUGAAGCUGAAAAUUUCAAAAUAAAACAAACAAACGAAACGGUUCAAUCCUCUUAUGUAACUAGAGAUUUCACUAUGCAAUCUUUACAGGAUGAUUACGAAUUGCACGUGAGGAUGAUUCAUUGUAUGAAUUGGCCACAUCAUUGUCCAUCUAUUUCCGAAAUUUAUCAUCUUCCUAAUACUGUUCAAGAUACGCAAUUAGGGUAUCAAAAUGGACCGGUUGUUGUUGUUGAUAGAUUUGGUGGAACAGAAGCUGCAACAUUCUGUUGCUUAAUAACAUUCAAAAAACAUAUAACGUAUGAUAACAACGUGGACGUUUAUAUGUACGCGAAAUUAUACCAUAAUAAACGACCGGGAAUUUGGUCGAAUAUUGAUGAUUACUUAAGGUUACAUUUGGCGGUUCAAACAUUUUGUACACCACCGGAAGGAACGCCAGAUUUGUACGCAAUGGCAAACGGGGCUGUGAAUGGUUCGCUAAGCAACGACAGUGUACGUGUGCCCCCCGAAGAAUCUCCUCUAAUUUCCAAGGAUAUUAUCAUGAGGUAUCAUAAAUGACCCGUAGAAACGGCGUCUUGCUCUUUUUCUCAUUAUUAAUUUUUUUAAAUCAAUUUCGUACAGUAUUCAAAAGAUUAAAACGGAAAAGAAAAGGAAUAGAUCCUACAUGCUAUUUAUUUA